AUGCUAUCAAACAGAUUCAUGACGUAUGUUCCUCCAGAAUUUGAUUGCUUUCUGCUGUAUGAACGAAAAGGCCGAGGAACAUUAUUUCAGAUUGGUUUUUUACAUCGAGAUUUGAAGCCAGGGAAUUUAGCAGUCGGUCCCAUAGGCACCCCUCAGUUUCGGCUCAUUCACAUAUUUGACUUUGGUCUCGCUAGGCAAUAUGUCAUAACGUCGGGAGGGGAACGACCGAAAUUGCGAAGGCCUCGCCCACGGGUGCAUUUCAGAGGAACUCUCCGUUAUUGCUCGAUAAACUGUCAACAAAAAGGAGAACAAGGGCGUGACGAUGACCUAUGGUGCUUUCUGUACAUGUUGGCUGAGCUUCGUGGUCCUUUACCGUGGGCAAGUAUCAGGCAAGUUCCACAUUUUCCAACUCUGCACUGUCCGAAGAAAUGCUAA